AUGGCCUUCCAGGUGUUUAUCGGAAGCGGAAGACGCAGUACAUCCAGGCUCGGACUGUGUCGAACUGUUGUAAAAUCGCGACCACGGAGCUCGGUGUGCGCGAUCAAGAGGGCAGCUCGUACGCCACGCGCCUGCGCCUGGGUGACGAAUGAAGCCUCGGUGACAGCACCAGGCACGAAAGGUGUCCAGUCCAUCGAGUCGGAAACAGUUCAAAAUAAAAAUACGCGGAUCAAGUGGUUUCUUGGCGCAGGUGUGCUGUUCUGUGUGGUCGUGGUUUUUUACCAGCUGGGACACCAGCCCUGGGUGCACGCGCGCUUCUCGAGCCUGGUGCAGCGGCUGGUGACACUGGCGGACCAGCACGGUCCGGGUAAGAUUGCUGCAGCCUUCGCACUGCUGCACUUUGUCGCUAUCGUGUUAUGUUUCCCGGCAUCGGCGUUGAUCGAGGUCGCCGCUGGAUACACGCUAGGUUUUCCGCUGGGGUUUCUUUCGAUGCAUCUGAGCAAACUGGGGGCGGCGAUCGCGUGUUUCAUCCUUGGUCGCACUGUGCUCUAUGGUUACGUGCAGAAACAGUGCCAACGAUUUCCACGUUUCCGGUACUGGUUGGACAUCGUCCGCCGCGAGGGUCCGUCUAUGAUGUUGUACAUGCGGCUCUCACCGGUACCCUCGUUUAUCAAUAACUACCUGCUUGCGGCUGUGGGCGUCCGAUUCAGCGAUUUUCUCUGGACGACGACUUUGGGCAUUGUGCCAGGUCUGCUGCCAUUGGUCGGGGCUGGCGUCGGCGCCCGCGACCUGAGCUUACUCUCGAUGGGUGCCGACGGAGCGCUUCCAAAGGCGGCAACGGUGCCCAGUUGGGCCCAUACGCUUCGUCUAGGAAGCACGAUCGUGGGUGCUGUUCUACUCGUAGGAUUCCUCGUGCGCCUGUAUCGACAGCGAAUCGAAGCUCGAUCCCAAGUGCUCGCAAAGGAACCCGUUGGCGAGGACUCGGCGGAUCGCGGCCCGCGCUGA